AUGAAGCUACCAGUGGCGACAUAAGCGCAUGCCUAGUUGACGAGACACCUUGGCAUGCCUGGUCAUGGUAUGGGAUGCAUUUAAAUAGCGGGAAACAUGACCUCACUUCUGUUUUUUAGCAGUCCUAAGCACGUAGGAGUCUAUAUAAGUGGAUGGAUCUCUGCCUCGCUCAGAACAGAAUUGACACUGACCGCUUUGGGAGUUGAGCCACUGGACUAUCCAACUUCUGGUCACACAUUUCAGACAUGGGGCUACAUACCGUUGAAGAGCUGGUCACAGGAAGGAGGUGUGAGGGCAGGGAGGCAGACGAGCGGCUGACGGAAGCGUUUUCGGAGAGCGUGUACGAAGCCGCCGUCAACCAGGAGAAACAGGAUGGCCAUAGAUCACACAAACACCUGGCGAACUUUCCAGAGGAGAGUGAGGGGGAGAUUACAGUUGUCAAUCUUAAUACAGACAAAUCAGGCCGGCUGAAGCUAGAGACUGUGGACGACCUUUUUAACAUCCUUCAGCUGAGGAAGAGGAGGAGGGAGAGGAAAGUGAUGAACAAAAAAGAACCCGAGCCAGAGAUCAUUCCAGACACAGUCAAUGAAGAAAUGUUCUUGAAUGCAGCCAUGGAGAACAAGCUUCCGGUGAUUGAGAAGUAUCUGUCAGAUGGAGGUGACCCCAACGUCGGUGAUCAUUUCCUGAGGACCGCGCUGCACAAAGCCUCGUCAAAGGGUCACGUGGAGAUUGUGAAAAGACUCCUGCAUGCCGGGGCUUCCAUUGAGAAGAAAGAUAAACUGGACGCCACGGCGGUACACUGGGCCUGCAGAGGAGGCAGCCUGUCUGCUCUGGAACUGCUACUCAACGAAGGAGGGAAGUUCAACUCCAGAGACAAGCUGCGGAGCACUCCUCUCCAUGUAGCUGUGAGGACGGGACACUAUGAAUGUGCCGAGCACCUCAUCCACUGUGGAGCAGACAUCAACGCUAAAGACAGAGAUGGGGACACACCUAUGCACGACGCUGUGAGGAUAAACCGUUUCAAAAUGAUCCGGCUACUGCUGAUGUACGGAGCCAGUCUUAAAACUAAGAACAAUGACGGCAAGUCCCCAAGUGACAAUCUUCUGGCGUGGCAGAGUGGUGCUAAGAACAUCCUUUGUAACGUCAACAAUGAAAAAGCCAUCAUGUAGAGCAGGGAAACCUGAUCUACUAGGGGUCAUGAUGCAAAUAUGGGAUGCCAAAAUUUCAUGAGGGGAUGUGUCUUCCUUAAUUUGAAGAGAAUUAAAAUGUUUAUUUUUUUUAAUUAACAAUAUUUUAUACCAGUGCAUUACAAAACGAAUGUGUGAUUAUUUGGGAAAUACGGAAAAUAAAGCGACUUUGAGGCGUGUGGGAUUAUUUUGGUUUGUCUCUAUGACAUCCAGAAGCUGAUCUAUGACCUUUUUAAGUCGAAAUUUACUUUGCUUGUGAAGUAAUUUUAUGUGUGACUGUCACUAUCAAUCAAACUACUACUGUUUUUUUAAAUGGUGGUUUGAUAAAAAUUAUCUUGACAAAUAUAUUUGGUAAAAGAAUAAUAAAUUGGGUUUAUUUUUUUAAAUUGCAUACCAAAUUCUUUUCACAAUUGUGCUUAAAAACAACCAACAAUUCCUUGGUCUCUCAAAUGAAACAAAGCAAAGCUGGUGAAAUUUGGGAACCCCUAUAGAGACCAAUAACUUCUCCAGUUCUUGAGGAGAUCAGUGGCUAUUGAACGUUUUGUUUGUUUAUAUCCAUUUAUUCUUAUAGAUUAUCAUUAGUAUGUGAUCAUUUUUGAUUUCUCAAAUAUCGAAAUUGCUGGCCAAUGUUAGGGCUGUAGCUUCCAUGCAUUUUGAUGGUGUUGACUUUGUAUGUGAUUGUUGGUUAAUGAUGAGCAAGAGAAA